GCCAAAUCCACGCCUCUAACGCGUAGACCAUUUAAGUUCUGUAUUUCAGCCUAUUAAGUACUUAGUAUCAAAAGCAGUUGAACUCAUCCGAUAAAGUAUGUACAGAAAAAUAAAGAGAGUCAUCAACAUCAUAAUAUACACCCAUAGCUAAAGAGAAAUCAACAUGGUCGUGGUUCACAGCGAGCGGCAGAUUCCCCGUGCUGAGGGUUGGACAGGUGCAAUCUUUCAGGCCCGCGUUUCCACUUUUGCGAAUGGCUAUCGACACUACAAGGACGGUCUCCGCGAGUACUCGCCAGUAAAGACGAAGCGGCAUCUGAACCGAAACCGGCCAGGCACCUCAAGCGGUCCCGGGUCUCGAUCGCUAAUCGGCAGCUCAUCUCUGACAACAAACUGGAACCUAGCUUCUUCGUUUCGAACUAAUUGCACGUUUUCUUCGAGGAAGCGUAAGUCAGAAAGUAGUGCCCGCUGUAGCCGCUCUAGGUCACCAGCAAGCGGGCGCGAUCUGUCAGCCAGUAUGAGUGGACAGCAGUAUCCCUUCAAUUAAGGCUCCACGAAGCAGAAGAAGCCGCUCCAGAUGCAAUUUUUCAGUUCUGAAAGACGACCACGUCUAAUCAUGAACUAGGUGAACAAAAUCAAGCACUUAUUGUACUACAACAAGGAUUCUUCUAAUGCAGGCCGGCAUCUCGAGGUGGCCGUGAGAGCAGCGCUUCAGAGAAUGUCGUUUACGAUGACGCAAAACUAAUUCUGCGUUCAAAAUCUGGUCGGUAUUUUUCGCCCCGUCAUGCACCUGAUACAGCGCUUUCCAGGGAGCAAAGAGCACAGGCCUGGCGACUGAGGAUGCUGAGUCAAAGUCCUGUUCUACGACAUUCGAAACUCGAUGGCUCCCACGAGGACCUGGGUCUUCUAGCAACGCCAGAUGGGGGCUCUCAGAGGAGAAGAUCUAAAUGGUAUUUGAUAUCAAGGCAGCCCCAGGUCUACGACUAUCAAAAAUGAUGUGACAGUAGCACUAGAAAGACAAUGUGGUCUAUGAUCUUGUUCCCUCAGAUACAACAAGAGACAUCAGGUACGUAGGCCUGCACUAGGGAGAAACCACAUAUGAGGUCUUUCUGCCCAAGAUCUGUCCACUACCAGACUCCACUCGAUACAUCGCCCAGGUUGAUGAACGAGUACUCCUCUUCAAGCCAUUCGUAUUUGGAGCUAGAGUGCAAGCUUGUGCAGUGUUAUAACUGUGGUCGGGCAAAUGUGCAACAGGAAGGUCUUCUUCAUUUUGAAUUUGAUGCUCUUACAACCAGGUACGCGAACUUCAUCGUUGUCUACUACCUUCUGCACAGCACUUUGAUCAUUUUGAUUCUGCGACAAUUAGGAAACUCUUUUGUGUCCAAAUUAUCAGGUGUCACACGACAAGCGUGUCCACAGUGCGGUCGGUCAUUCGAUGUCUGCCGAGCAAAUCGCGUUUGAUUAUAUAUCAUUUUCACGUAGUUUGAAUCGAAAAGUAAUGUAUCGGGCAACAACUUCUAGAGCAGGUACUAGUUUUUAGACGAGUCGAAUUUAAAAAGCAGAAACAUUUAAUGAAGAAAAAACGAAGACGAACGUCAAACUCAAUGAGAAUAACAUAUUUACAGUUACGCGCACGGGCACGAUAAACCGUUAAUAUAUAAAAUAGGUAGCCGUAGAGGCAGAGCAAGUACGAUUUCCAUGUGGAGAACCCCAUAAAGAUUUCAUCACACCAUACAAGGCUGACUUUGCAUUCUUUGUAUAGAUGGCACAGUAAACAAGUACAGUUUCUUGACAGUCGCAGAUGAACUUUUUGUUUUUCGAGGGAACAAUCAAGGCAAAAAUGUCGUUAAUUGAUAUAACGUCAUUCUGACCCAACGCCAACAUAAAAUCUGACGAAAACGACCGUGAUUUCUUUACUAU